AUGUCUCUUGCAAUCAAGAUUUUGAUAGAACUGUUGCCGGUGUGGUUUGAUCUCAUACAUUCGGUAUUUUACAUUAGUAGAUUUGAUGAUGGACGUUUUAGUUGUUGUUCUGAGGGUGGUUGCAUUGUUGUAAGCUCUUGAACCAAAAAGUUCUACCAGUGGCCCAGUGCAUAUGAUUUUAUGUAUUUCAAAAAUUAAUUCCCUUAAUGGCUCAAACAUCUUAUAGCUUUUGUUGUUUACUGAAAUGGAUUUUGUGGUUGUGGUAAACAGACACUGAAAUUUUCAAUGGUUGGGUUCUUUAAUAAAAUGGGAUGUGAGAAUGAAGGUAAUGACAGUGGAAAAUUAGGAACUUGGAUAUUUGGAUAUUGGAUUGUACAACAGAAGCUGAAAUUUUAGUUUUCAGUCUUCUGGUCGACCAUGAUAGUUUGGUCGAACACCUGGAGUAAAUGGCCACGGCUUUGUUGGAGACUAUUAUGAUAGUCUCAUUGCCACAAAUAUUCGUCUAGCAGUCUAGUUAUUACAUUAUGUACAUUUUUAAUUUUAACACAUUAUUUUGUGGUUGCAUAUCCAGAGUCAACUUGUUCCAUACUGAAAUACACAAUUCGACGUUAUUCCAUUGGAUCCAGAUAAAAAAAAAUGUCUUUUAUUAUGCUUGACAGUUAAUGACUGGUCCUAUUCUUGCCAACUGUUUAGUAUGCAUAAUUGAUGCAAUAUUUGUACUUGCAUUCUAGUCGAAACUCCAUCCUCAAAACAACCAGGUACCUUUUUAAGUGCAGAACACACAAAACAUAAUAAGUGGGUUUCAUCAAUUUAGAAAAGCAUUUCUAGGUUCACGCUUCCUGAGCCUUCUCCCUGUGCUUCUAUCGUCAACGAUGGAAUGGAAAAAUUAAAAUGUAGUUUAUCAAGUUACUCAUCUGUGAAUUCUCCCUUAAAGAAUGUUAUGGCUGACAUUGACAGAGAUCUCCAAUGCAAAUUUUCCAAUUCUCCUACUGCUUGUUUAGAGAAGCAAACAGCUAUGCCUGAUCUCAACGAAGGACAGAAAAGCUUAUUUAACAUGAAUAGCAAUGGAAAUGAGAACUCAAUCAACACCAGUAUGUUGAGCCAGGUUAACGAGACCACAGACCGUGAUAAAGUUGAAGAGCCUCAGCAUAGCAUGUUUACAUACACUCCUUUGAAGGAUGCGUAUGGUACACGAAGAAACGCAGUGGUUUCACCCUCUCAGCUGUCAUUAUCAGGAAGCAAAAUGACACAGCAUCUCAUGUCUCCCACAGAAGGAGCAUUAAUUUCUUCUGGGACUGAUUCCCUAUUGGCAGGUGAGCAAGAAGAUAAUCCUCCCCAUCUGCAAAUUGAAUCUGAAAAGAACUUCCAAUCACCUUCAAGAGGUGCAGUCAUUCUGAACAGCCCAGAUAAAAGCAUUCAAGGUGGAGCAGAACCAAUGCAUUCUAAACCAUAUGUCUGCAGCAGCACAACUGAACCAUACCUUCAUAGCCCUUCCAGUAAAGAGUCAGCUGAGAACCCCUCCAUGAAAGGGCCAAUUCAGAGUCCACCCCAGGAGAAUCCAACUCUCAACUCUACCGGGAGAAAGGCAAUUCAGAGUUCCCUCAGGAAAGCGCCAAGUCAGAGUCCCUGCAGGAAAGAAUCAACUCUGAGUCCUCCCAGAAAAGAACUUACUCAGAGUCCUGGAAAAGAACCAAUUCGAAGUCCCUUUGUGAAAGAGCUAACUCGAAGUCCAAUCGUGAGAGACCCAAUUCGAAGUCCUACUGUGAAAGAGCCAAUUCGUAGUCCCUUCAUAAAAGAUAUGAAUCGGAUUCCCUCAAGAAAAGAGUCAACAAAUAGCCCCUCCAGACUGGAUUUAUCUUGUGCAGCAGACACUGAGAAUGUGCAACCCUUUGCUGGGAAGGACCUAGUAUAUCAUGAGUCCAAUUCAAAUAGUCAUCCUAGUGAUGGUUGUUAUCAGGGACUGCAUAUUUCACAAAAUCCGUUUACAGGGAAAGAUUCAGAGAAUUCUGUCGGACAGAAACGACAAAACCUAGGAAUAAUCUCUGAGGAUGGAUACUGUACAAAUACGAUCCCCAGAAUCCAGAAAAGUCCAAAAGUUCCCAGAAUUGAGAACUGCAAUCCAGAGUUCAUGCUGCAUCAGUCAAAUAAACGUUACGAUGACAGACAGAAGUGUGGGGGUGAUACAACAUGGCAGUGCUGGACUGAUUUGUGUACUAUUUCUUGUUUUGUUUUAGUCCACUUGAAUAGCCAGGUUCUCUGGCAGAUAUGCUAUUUUCUUCAGAUUUCCUUCUUGCAGAUUUUAGUAAAAUUCUCAGGAGAUACAGAAUCUCGAUUGGCAAGCAAACUAAAUUUAAGAGCGGUAUAUCCCUUUCUUUUAUUAUUACUUUCUCCCAAGAAAAAUCUAAUCUGGGUGAUAGAAUUAACCAUCUUAUGCUUAAGUUUGUUAUGUGUCUCAUGUUGGUUCACAUUGCUGUUUUAUCAUGAUCAAGUAGAUUGGUGUGCUGGAAGAUAUGCUGGUCCACCUAUUGAAGUCCAGUCUCACAUAUGCUGAAUUAAAUGAUCAAUCAGGGUCUGUUACGGACAUGUUUACAUAGUAUAGUCGGACCACAUUGCAUUCUUUAAAUCUAUAGAGCAUCUACACUAUCAAUUUUUAUGCUAACACUGGUAUUUAAUGUGUACAGAAGUUCGACUGCCUCAAUGUUGGGCAUAAAAGAGUAGCUGAAGCAAGACUGCUGCUUUAUAAAAUAGUGUAUGAAAAGGCAAAAUUGCAUUUAAUGCAAGUGAAGCGUGAAAAAUGACAGAGUAGAGUACAGCUCUUAAGCUCUGCAAUUCAGAAGUCUCAGAUGCUGAAAUUAAAUUACAUCCGUUGUCAGUCUGAACCUAGUGAAUGGGAGACUCAUGUUGAUGAUAAUCAUAGUCAAUCCUCUUUAGUUAAUUCUGAGGGUGAACAAGAGGCUUCCUGUGAUAAUGUAAGCACAAUGAGGCAGGAGCUUAAAGCUUUGGACAGAGAUGUAAAAAGCUUAAGCAAUUACUUUCACGCAAGUUGAAAGGAGAACCAGGUUGCGCUGAUACUAUAUCUUUAUUUCAACAUCAUCUCAAGACAAGAACAUGUUUGCAGGAUUAUUUGUCAUGAUUUGCAGGUUAUUUCUAUUCAUGAUAUGACUUUUCAGACACGAAACAAAAUGUCUAUUGUCACUAAGAGACCUGUGAUUUCAACAGCUACGGAAAGUUGAUCAUUUUGAGAUUAAGAAUGGCCAUUACAAAAUUCUUCUCAGUUAUCAUGGUUACGUCUUGCAGAGGUUUUUUCUUCUUCUCUUUGGCUGUUCUUUUGGCUGAGUCAUGUAUUUUCUUUCUUAUUACCAAAUUCAAGCAUGGCAUGUGAUUUCACGUUGAUGAGACACAGGUUUACGGGUAAUGUGGGCCCAACGUCAAACAUAGUCAUCUCACACGGUUUCAAUUAUAUAAAAAUCUCAAAGGUACUGAAGUCAAUAAGUUGUUUAUUUUGUUAUUUCUUUUCUAAAUGCUUAAAUUUUUGUGAACUUUAACGAAAAAUUCUCGGUACUGUUCACUUUAACGAAAAACCACAUUUUUACACUAGAAAGUCAAUCAUGGUACUAUUCAUUUUACCAUUUAUUUUGUUUUAAUCGUUAAAACUCAAAGUUUUCAAAAUAUUUUCAUUAGUUUUUUUUUUAAAUUUUUUGGACAUCAGGAAUUCCCAAACAUGGAUGUUCAGGUUGCAUCUGGUUUUGUGCUAAAUGCUUAGGCCACCAAGAAAAGUUCUGAUUUGAGAUGGAAGCUUCUGCUUUGACCCUCCAAAUAUAUAUUGCAGAAGCUUCUGCUUUGACGGUCAACAGAGCACAUAGUAUUAUAAAUUAGUAAUUAUGUCAUAAUAUGCUUGUCUAAUUUUAAAUAUUAUAUUACAAAUUUAUGUCAUAUCAGUCAGGCACUCAUGCCUACAAAUAAUCGUGUAAUGAUUUGGCCGUUAAGGUGUAUAUGGAAUCAUUGACCUUGUGCCCUUCUUUGAAAUAUGAAAACUCCUCAUUUUACUCAAUAUAUCUAGAUACAUAUUAAAUUUACA